GGGGGCGGGGCGGAGGCGGAGCGGGCGGUGUAAACAGACCCGGGCGCCGUGAGCCCCGGAGGAGGCGCGGGAGGCGCCGCCAUGGACUUCCAGCAGCUGGCAGAUGUCGCGGAGAAGUGGUGUGCCAGCACGCCCUUUGAGCUCAUCGCCGCGGAGGAGACGGAGUGCAGGAUGGACUUCUACGCCGACCCGGGCGUCUCGUUCUACGUGCUGUGUCCGGACAACGGCUGCGGCGACAGCUUUCACGUGUGGAGCGAGAGCGAGGACUGCCUGCCCUUCUUGCAGCUGGCACAAGAUUACAUCUCUUCCUGUGGCAAGAAGACUCUCCAUGAAGUCUUGGAAAAAGUCUUCAAGUCCUUCAGACCUUUGCUGGGGCUUCCAGAUGCAGAUGACGACGCAUUUGAAGAGUACAGUGCGGACGUGGAGGAGGAGGAGCCAGAGGCGGACCACCCCCAAAUGGGGGUCAGUCAGCAGUAGACUCCUAGGUCACCUUGCAGAAGGGGAGUAAGCCCUGUGCGCCCCGUGGGGUCCUGUGCUCCCGGGGUAGCCCUUUUGCAUUGCUCUUUCAAACAGGACAUCUGGCUCCUGGCACCCAAAUGAGAAUGAAAUACCUUUUAAAUGACCACACAAUAUCUGUGAUGAGCUUUGCUCAGAAGUGACCAGAAUUCCGGCCCCACUUUGGCGGGGUCUCUAUGGAGAUGUCUUGGUAGCUUUUGCCUCUUUGAAGUUAGAGUCCGUGUCAUGGCUGCCUGUUCCCUCUUGAGUUUAUGUUAGAGGAUUAAUGUUUCCUGUCUGGAAUGUCGAGAACUCUGAAUGUAUUAAGGGUAUGUUCUGAGUCCUCACAGGUGACCUUGCUGAGGAGAAGCAUGACGGAGGAGAAGCACAGCCUGCACUUUUUAUGUCCCUUUUAAGUGUCCGUAAGUGACAGGUUUUGAUUAGAAGGCAUGAGUUUUAAUAUCUAGUCGUGAUCUGCACACGUGCAAACACAGAGGGCGCGAGCGGCCGAGGCUCCUUGGAUCCUUGGAGAGUUCGCCAUUGUUGCAUUGGUUACCUGGGCAUGGAGCAGCCAGCCACCUGUCACUGUAAAUGUUUCAUGGCUGUUUGAUCGUUUAAAACUUGCUGAUUCCAAAGGCACCUGUAGUUUCUAAUAGUGGGAAGUGUAGGUGGGGUGAAAGACAUAGAUGAUUGGUUUCUUUAAGCUGUUUAUAAACCUGCAUAUGAAACGUUUACCUUUUCUCUUUAUGAUGAGACAGCAGCUUAUUAAAUCAUGAGAACAGCCAGGAUCCAAGCAAGUGCCCCUUAUGCUCUGAAGCCAUAGAUAAAUCUAACAGGAAAAUAAAGUAGGAUAAAAAUAUUAAUAUAGUAAAAUUCUUUACUUUCCUAAUCUUUUAUUCCUUAGAGAAUGUCCAAAAAGGCUCCCAGUGAGUUAAUUUAUUUAAAAUUAUAAUUAAAUACUCUAGGGAACCUACUUGCAGUGAAAUUUUAAAGGAACAUGAAAGUAAGAAUCUUAAUUAUGGGAUUGCUUGGUUAAAAGAGAAUGAUUUUUAGCGAUCAGGACACACAGACAACUCCCAGGGAUAACUGCUGUCAUGAUUUAGCCAAUAAAUACUUAGCAGGACAUUCUCUGAUGCCAUUGUGAGACCCUUCUGUAUCUCAGGUUCUCAUAACUUAGGGUGCAAAUGUCCCCUUGAUGGUGCUUGAUUCCUGUGUGCGUCCAGUUUGGGAGUGUUUCAGACACCCACACCAGUCAUGUUACUAGUAUUUUAAAUUUAAAAAAGGAAGAACCUGUGCUGACAGAGACUCAUGUGGAUGGCCAGCAUGUCUGGGAAUUCUGUUUAACCCAGGGGCCGUUCGAAGGGUCCCACGCUCCUUGGUGCAUUGCAGAAUUUAGCUGCCGGGUGAUGUCACAUACUGGCUUCUAGCUGUGCUUUUGUACCUAUGUGUUUUAUUUCCUGGGAGAACGUUAUUAAUGAUUUAAUUUCAAGCCAAGCGACUUCUCUUGAAGUCGCCCAUUAGCAACAUCAGACUGAGUGCCCCUUCCAGGGUGCGAGGUCCAGCUUUUACAGUCCUGCCCAUGGUCCCACCUUGUGAGCCUACAGCACGGAGACUGAGUUCUCUGUCUUGUAGAUACUGUCCAGGGCAGGGAACUUUCUUCUGAAUAUGGUAGGUCACACAGAUGUAUGGCUUUUGUAGCUAAAUCAGUACACCUGGGCAGUUGGCUCCAUUCUGAGGUAACUGGAAUUUUAUACACAGAGGCUUCAAAUUUCAAUUUACAUGUGUUUGAACAUUAAUAUAAGACGAAUUUUUUUUAUCAAAAACAUAUUUAAACUUUGACCAGAUAUACUCGGUGUUAUCACGUUAAUGUUCUCUAUUUGUACAAAUUGGGCUAAGACCCCUCCUACUGGUGCAGCAGGCUGCUGAAAACUCUCAUCUUCUGCCCAGGGGUCAGGAAGAGAGAUCAUCUCUGGAUGUGCUUGAUUUCCAUAGCAAAUCCCAGAGGCAUCAACAAAUCCAUUGACCUUGCAAACCGAAUUCCCGCUGUUGUACAGAUCCCUUUCAGUGUGGGCCUGAGCACACACCCGGAGCCUACCCAUUCCACAGUGACACAAGUGUGACCCCUCCCAAGCCUACAGAGGCAAGCAUUCUAGUGGCAUGGGAGAAAGGUCUUUGGGAGUUGGGAGAGACACUCUUGACUAUAGGACACUGACAAGUCAUGUGACUUUUUAUGAACCAGGGCUAUUUGCUUUUCUAGCUUUCAACACUGUCCUAAUGCAGCUGCCGUAGGAAGUAUGUGCUCAAAAGAGCAACAGCCCAGGACACUGAGGGACAUGGGAAGGAAAUAUUUUGUAGCUUUGCCAACGAUGGUGUCCUUAGAUACUGGCCAUGCAGCUACUGUAGAAUAUGAUGGCCGGUAGACAUCCAGAUACCUGGAGCCUGAGGCGGGCGUAAGCAGAGGCCCCAGAAGAUAGUUUGUCUCUGCUGAAUGCCAGUGGCAGAGAGAGCUGCUCCUCUCCCCGCCCCCCCCCCCCACUGAAGGCUUUGGAGGUGGUAGGCAGGUAACCUAAGAGGGGAGAUUGACGUGAUGACUAGCUGGAGGAGAAUGGCGGUGAACACUUUGCUCGUCCUGUCACUCAGGAAAGAGAAAGUGACAGUGAAGACUUGGUAGGUGGCAGACAGAGGCAGUGAGAAUAAACAUAUAGGGAAGGACUGAUUGCUUGCUGGCCGGUGCUGAAAUCUGAAUGACGCCACUGACAGCACUACAAAGGUGGAUCCUAUCACUGCAUGACUCAUGAAGACGUUUUUCUCAUAUCUGCCCAGUUAGUUUCCUCUGCCUGAUGAUGGCACUGAGCCAAGCAGGCUUCAGACAUCGAAGAACAGAGCCAGGGAGGGUAGUGAGGUCCAGUGCAGUGCCCAACAUCCCUGGGGUUCAGCCAGAUGGAAGGGUCCACUUGUGACUCCUAGGCUCGAUGCAGCACAUGCUACAUUCUGUGUUUCCAUGACCAGAGCACAAAAACGUCCGCUAUAUGAGGAGAUUGUCCUUGCACACUGGUGUCAGAACUAGGUUUGCAGUGCACCUAAGUCAAACUGUCUGGGAGUGACACCACUGCUCAGCACAGAAAGAAACUAUUGUCUAGCACAAUACGUGUCUCUCAAUAUUGUUUCAGUUUCUCCAAGCACAAAGAGUAUGCCCAAGGGUGCUGUGAUCCCAGAGUGGGAUUUUUAGUUAUUGCAUGUUAAAGCUCACCAGUUGGGAAACAGUUUAAUCAAAUCUGGUUCUCUACAGUGAGACGAAUGUAAGGAUGGAGAAGACUUAAUGUGUAUUGGGAGGAGGUGAACAGGCACAGUGCGGAGUUAAGUCUCCAUCCAUCUGAGUUGUAAACAAAGCACAUAGUCCACACUUACCUCCUGGGGCACAGGAUAACUUGUGUCCUUGGCUGUCUCUAGAGAACUGGAUGCUUAGAGGAUGCUGGUAAUGGCUUUGUGACUUUCACAAUGUCCCCUGCCAAGCCAAAGGCAUGGCAAGUGUCCUGUGCACCUGGUGGAAUUCCUUCCCUUAAAAAUAAAAUCAGGCCAGGCAGUGGUGGCACACGCCUUUAAUCCCAGCACCUGGGAGGCAAAGGCAGGCGGAUUUCUGAGUUCGAGGCCAGCCUGGUCUGCAGAGUGAGUUCCAGGACAGCCAGGACUACACAGAGAAACCCUGUCUCCAAAACAAAACAAAACAAACAAACAAAAUCAGCCGACAGCCAGGGAAGCUCACCUUCUAGAGUGCUGGCUCAGGAGGGGCUGUGAUGACAGAACAUGGCCAUACCCACCUCUCCUCCACUGGUGCUCCGGUGUCAGUGAAACUCUGUGGAGGCUCUUGUCCCUAGACCAAACCUCGAGAGAGAUGCCAGGCAUGGCUUUUUGCAUCCUCUCCAGAGAUGCAUGAAACGUUUUUACAUUAGAAACACUCCGCUUUCAUACAAACUUGGCGAGUUACUUUGGUUUGAUGGUAGCUGGCAUGACUUGAGAAGCUGAGGUCUUCUAGGUUUCAAACAGAGUGGGUGUAAAGCUUGCCAGGAUGCUGGGAGCCUAUGGUCUCCGGCAGUGACCUUGAGCAUUUCCUACCAGAAACCCCAUUCACCACACUGCAAGACUGAGUAGUUCCAAGCAGUUAAAAGUGUGUACCAAGCAACGUAGGGAUCAGCAUUCAGCUUGCUUAGGACUGUGUUCAAGUUGUUCGGUGUUAGUGGAAAGCUGGCAGCGUGCUCCUCACAAACCACCUUUCCCUGGGCUUUCCUUUUUGUUUCUCAAGGUUCUGUUUUAACAAGAACCUCCUGAACUGGCAGAGACCAGCACUCUAUACAAAUGCCAGCUUUCUAAAAGGCACUAAAAUAAACAUUUAGUGCUGGGCAAAUCUGAACUCAGCUUUCAAUCCAGUGCUUAUGUGUAUAGAAAUAAGAUUUCUCCAGAGAAGCAAAAGCAAGGGACAUUGUUGUUUGUUUCUGGUUUUUUUUUUUUUUUAGACAGAGUUUUCCCUGUGUGAUGUGUGCGCUUUUUUUUUUUUUUUUUGAGUUUGUAUUUCCUAUCAGAGAGCUCUCUUGUGACAAACUGUGAAAUGGGUUGCUAAAAACUGUGUCCUUUGUUAGAUGCUUCAGAGGGAAUGUGGAAAUUCUGUCUGCACCUUGUCCCAUCUGCUUCCUCCUCCCUCCCUGAGAGCAAGGACCACAUCCAAGGAUGUAAUUACCAUUCGCUUGCUAUUAAAGAGUCUUCCAGCCCUGG